CUUAUGAGUUAUACGGUUGUUUUAUUUUUGGCGCGGAUCAUUGUUGUGGAUGGUGAUAAAUUCUGUGCUUUGAUGUGUUAAAAACAAUAUCUGCCCCAUGUUUUGCCAUAUAUUGAUAAGCCGCAAUCUUUUCUUUUUAUGUCUGUUCAGGGUUAAAUCGAAUUCAACAGUAGUGCAACAUUUCCUUAACAUCAACACAGAUGUUUAUCUAAAGUGGACAAAAUGAAUGGUGAGGUGCCAAAUGUUCCUAUCACCACAUUAGCUGGAGUAACAAGCUUAACAGAACUCUUGCCGGAGCUUCCAUUACCAACACCUUUGCAAAAUGCCAUCAACAGCCGCAGUUUAUUGUACAAUGGCGAUCUCUCUGAGCUGUCCAGAACGCUCUUGGACGAUCCUGAUGAUACCCUGGUGGACAACAUUGCCAGCAUACUUAGAAGGAAUACUUCGGAUCACAUAGAGCCGAAGGACAAUCUGGUGGGAGCUCCAAUAGAUGGGGAAAUGUCAGAACUUCUACGUGCCAUCCUUGCAAAUGAUCCAGAUGUCUUCUAUGCAGGCAGUUCCAGGCAAACAUCCGGGUCACAUAGUGGACACUCAUCAGGGACUCGAGCAGAACACAAGAAACCAGUGGUAAUGCUUGAACCUCUGGAUGCUAAGUUUUCAUUGUUGGAUGCCAUUCCGAAGAAGGAUGACAUUUGGAAUUCUUGUAAACAGCUUAGUGUGUCUCUCAAACCAUUGGAUGCACAGACCUUGAAGUCCAUCGCAAGUAAUGGAACAGUGAAGACAAAGCGUUCUAAGCGAGGCUAUGAUGAUGGUGAACAUGUGAGAAAAAAGAGAAGGUCUGGAUAUCAAGACGAUAAUGAGGAUGAUGAUGAUGACGACAGUGGCCAUGGGACAGCAGAGGACUUGAUGCGACGUAAAAAGCAAGAGAAGCGACAACGUCGAAUGAACCAAUCUGAUAUGACCACUGAAGAACUGCUGGACAGUCCAACAUUCAAGAAGUUCAGCAUGUGCUUAGAACAGAUUCUCGACAGUGCAGAAGAAAUUAAUUUUGGUAGUUUUGAUCCACAUGAUGAAGAGGUUGAGUGUCCACCAGAAUCACUCAUAAGUCGCCACAUUCUCGCUGAGUUGACAAGUGAAACUGCCAAAUUAAAGUCCAUGGGAGAGCUGAAUAAAAUACCAGCUGGAACUCUAGUGAAGCUUCUUACCAUUCUGCAGUGGAAUAUCAGAGAUGGAACUAAACUUGUACCUUUCAUGUCUCAGGAAACCGAUGAUGAAGAUGAGGAGGGCCAGAAGUUGUGGCGUGAGAUCGCCAUGGAGAGGGUGGGUCGGUCUGUGGAUGCUGCUCUCACGGCCAUCUACAUCAUCACCUCCCCAAACAUGCCCAAGCAGGUGUUCAUUGAGGACGUCAUUGACAGGAUCGUCAUGUUCACCAAGUUCCAGUUGUCCAAUACCAUUUACCCAGAGUUUGAUCCAGUGUAUAGAAUAAAUCCCAAAGAUAAAGAUGGCUACCAAAAAAGUUUGAAAAUGAAGCGGUCCAGGGCGCAUGCAGUAAAGCACAAAUCCACAAUAUCCCUGUAUAACAAAAUAACGGACCUUGUUGGGAACAUAGCAGAACUGGUCGAGGUACAGGAACUUACAGACACCCUCAUUUUGCAGAUAUCAACCUGUGGAGUGGCUCCCUUCUUUGUUGAGAACAUUAGUGAGCUCCAACUGAAUGCAAUGAAAUUAGUCACAACUGUAUUUGCUCACUAUGACAAGCACAGGCAGUUGAUAUUGGAGGAUAUUUUCUCUAGUUUGGCCCGACUUCCAUCCAGUAAACGAAAUCUACGCAGCUAUAGGUUAAAUGCUGAAGAUAACAUCCAGAUGGUGACAGCGCUGGUGUUGCAGCUGAUACAGUGUGUAGUCAACCUACCCCAGUCUGCCCCCACUGUUGUGGACGGCAUGCCUGCAGAGGAGGAGGCUGCAGAGGCCAGCAGACACAGCAAGGCUGACAAGUCUGGCAAGGGCAAACGCAGAUCAGCUGAGGUUUUGGACCGAGAUGUUGUCAUAAUAACAUCUUACGAACAUGCAAUGCGAACUGGAUACAACUUCUUGUCCGUUUUCUUAAAAAAGUGCACACUGAAAGGCGAGGAGGAUUAUCGGCCUCUGUUUGAAAACUUCGUCCAAGACUUAUUGUCUACAGUGAAUAAACCAGAAUGGCCUGCAUCAGAGCUUCUUCUCAGUCUGUUAGGAAAAAUCUUGAUCAAGCAGUUCAGCAACAAGUCCACAGAGAUGGGACUGCGUACUGCUGCUCUAGACUACCUGAGUAUAGUGGUGGCCAGGCUGCGUAGGGACGCAGUCUCCAGUCAUCUCAAUCCAGAAAUGCUGCAGGAUAUCAUCACUAAAGUCAACGAGGAAACAGCGGAGGACAACAAUGUUGCCACUAAACGGUCAACACGGGCUGCACCAAAAACACCCGAGACUGAGACUGGAGAGCUGGAUGAGACCAAGUGUUUGCAGAGAGCCAUGCUGAAUUACCUUGCAGAGCAGGGAGUCAGUGAACCUGCAUACCUGUUUGCCCGUCAGUUCUACAUAGCCCAGUGGUUUCGGGACACCACAAAGGAAGCAGAGAAGCAACACCAGCGCGAUGACGAGGCAGACUUUGUGGCAGAGAAUGAGGACAAGGCCACAGAAAACAUGGUGGAUAUCACGGCCCGAAAGCAGUUCCUUCUCUUACAGGUUGAGAUCAACUACAAGCCAUACUCCUCAUUUAAACCCCUUCCUAGCAAACUGGACUAUGAUAGUGCCUGCUUGGUAGCUAGAUACUUGUCAUCAAAGAGGCCUUUUGCCCAGAGUUUUGACGUCUAUUUGGGACAGAUUCUCAAAGUGCUAGCUGAGAAUGCCGUAGCUGUAAGAACUAAGGCAAUGAAGUGUCUCACAUCCAUUGUUGAGGCUGACCCUGGUGUACUGGCAAGAACUGAUAUGGAGAGGGGAGUGCAUGGUCGCUUCCUGGAUCCGUCCACGUCUGUGAGAGAGGCAGCGGUGGAGCUGGUGGGCAAGUUCAUCCUUGUACGACCAGAACUCAUUCCUCAGUACUACCACAUGCUCUCUGAGAGAAUACUGGACACGGGUAUAAGUGUGAGAAAGCGUGUGAUAAAGAUAUUUAGAGACAUCUUUAGUGUUCAACCAGACUUUCCCAAAAUCCCAGAGAUGUGUGUGAAAAUGAUUAGACGAGUAAAUGAUGAAGAUGGUAUCAAGAAACUCGUGAAUGAAGUCUUCCAAACAAUAUGGUUCAGUCCAAUCAGUGGCCGUGACAAGGACUCAGCCAAGCUCAUACAGAGGGUAGUGCAUAUCACAGAUGUGGUAGCAGCAUGUAAAGACACAGGGUUUGAAUUCAUAGAGCAGCUACUUGACAAUUUGUUGAAGAAAGAUGAGCAUGGGAAUUACAAUAAGUCUGCAGUGACAUCAUGUCGGCAGAUUGUAGACUGCCUAGUUGAAAAUGUACUACGGCUAGAAGAAACCAGUGUGGAUGGCAAAUGCAGCACCCGCCUUACUGGCUGUUUAACCACGCUGUAUUUGUUCACGAAGAUUAAACCAGAUCUCAUGCUGGAUCAUGCACAUACCCUGCAGCCUUAUCUCAACAUCAAAUGUAAUAGCCAGAGUGACCUGUUUGUGCUGUCGUAUGUGGCCAAGAUCCUACAGCUGGUGAUUCCCCUCAUGGACCACCCUGCAGAGAGCUUCCUAGCCCAGGUCGAGGAAGACAUGAUCAAACUUAUACUGAACUACGGCAUGAUGGUGCUAGAAAGUUGUGUCAGUUGUCUUGGUGCUGUUGUAAAUAAUGUUAGUCAUAAUUAUCUUCUUGUACGAGACUGCUUCCAAAAGUUCUAUGGUUUCUUACUGAAGUACCAGUCAUUUCUACAAGAUAACCCAACUGUAGCAAUAGAUCCAGUGAAAAAACCCACCCUUCUCAGGUCUUUGUAUACUGUGGGACUCAUGUGUAAACACUUCAACUUUGAUAUUCCUGAAUUAAGCGGUGAUAAUAGUUCAAUGAAAGAAACCAUAUUUGACUUACUUAUUUUCUUCACAACCCAUGAAGAUGAUAGCGUGCAAUUGAUGGCUAUGACAGGCAUAGGUUUUAUGGCUGUUCGGCAUUUUGAGUACAUGUUGGGGCGGACACUAAAGACUAUGUACUGUGAUUUGAUGGUAGACGUAAACGCCUCACAUAAAAUGAAGUGCCAAGUGUUAAAGAAUUUGUUUCUGUAUUUGCAAGAAGAAGAGGUCCGAAUGGCUAAAUCUGAUGCAGAAUGGAAGAAACAUGCCAAGGAAGAGGAUCUCAAAGAAAUGGGGGAUGUGCAAUCAGGAAUGGCCAGCACCAUCAUGCAGGUGUACUUGAAGGAAGUGCUGGAGUCAUUCUUCCACAGCAAGUCCCAGGUGCGCCUGGAAGCUCUCAAUGUGAUACAGCUUGUUUUGAAUCAGGGAUUGGUCCAUCCUGUGCAGUGUAUUCCAUACUUGAUAAGUGUGGCUACAGACACUUUACCUGCCAUCAGAAUCAAGGCAGAGCAGCUUAUGCAGGAGAUUGACAAGAAAUACCCAGGAUUCAUACACAUGAAGGCACUUCAGGGCAUCAAGAUGUGCUUCAAACUGCAGGAGAUCAUCCAGGCAGACAGUUCUGACGGUGUGGUACGGGGCCUUCACAACCCCCAUGACAACAGCAGCAGUCUUAAUGCAUUCCUGUAUGGCGUACUUCGAGCUAAUAGGUCACAUCGGAGAGCCUUGCUUACAUCAUUACUCAAUCUUUUAGAUGAUUCAGCAAAAAUCAGCCUACAAGAGCAGUUGUACAUCGUUGACAACCUUGCCUUCUUCCUCUACCAGACCCAGGAUGAGCCCCUCUUUAUUAUUCACCACAUAGACAUCCUGGUCUCAGUGUCAGGGUCCAACCUGCUACAGUCAUUCAGAGAAAAGCUGAUAGGUGACAGCAAGACAGCAACAAAAAUGAUGUUGUCUCCACCAAAUUUUUCCGAGAAUGGACUAUCAGAAAACCAGAGGCAUGCAGCAUAUGAUGAUGAUGACGAUGAUAAAGAUACAUUAAUAGAUCGCUUACCUGAAGACAUCUCACCCCUGAAGGAAAUCAUCUGGAUUGCCCAGGGCUGUAUCCUGCUCCUGUACCUAAAACAGCAUCUCAAGGACAUGUAUGGCUUCACUGACAGCAAAAUCCAGAACUAUUCUCCCACGGAGGCAGCAAAAGUGUAUGACAAGCCACUGCCAAAGAAAGCAUUGGUGAAGUUUAACCCAGAGGCUGUGCUAAGCGUAAUACGUGAAAAGGGAAGUGGUGAGGAAAAAACGUUUGAAGAAGAAUGUGAUAAACUGGUCGAUGAUUACCUCAAUUUUAAGGAUCUCAUGUUGAGUGUGGACCCACCCGAUGAAGACGACAGUGAAGACAAUGCAAACAAACCAGUUGCUAACACCACCACAUACAUCAUCAAACAGAAGGAAGCUGAGGGAGGGGACACCAUGGUGAACGGUGAAAACGGAGAUGAGUCCAAGACGAGUAUUGAUGUAAUCGACCAGGAUGGGGAUGCAGGAUCUAUGGACAAGGAGUCUUCAGAGGAGAAUUUGAAACCAAGGAUACCCCCGAUGAUCAUAUCAGCAGCAAAACUACAGACUGCAAUACGUGAAAAGGACAAAAAGAAAAGUUCAUUAGUGCGGACAUUUCGGCUUCCUGGGGCAUCUCAGCUUCAGGAGUCGGCACACAGCAACAAAUCCGCGUCAUCUCAUAAUAUCACUCAAACGCCGAACUCACAUCACAAUGCUGCACGAUCUCGCCAUAGGUCAUCCUCAUCUCACGGAUCAUCGCACACACCAUCUCAUGCAUCAGUGCACACGCCAUCGUCACAUAAAAAGCAAAAGAAGAAGAAGCGUAAACGCUACGGAUCGGACUCGGAUGAUGAGGAUGACAGUGAUUAUGAUCCGUAUAGUUGAGAAUGUCACAUCAGUGUAACCCGCAUUAUGGCAGUGUGAUAUUUUCUUAUGCAGAACCAGGAUUGCAGCAGCAGUUCCCACACAUGGUUUGGAGAAAGAUACAGCAUUUUAUACAGUGGAGUUAGGUACUUCAACAUUGUGCACAACAGUGUAUAUCCAGUGUGUUUUGUAUCUAUAUGAAAGUGAACAUCCACAAUUUGUUCAGCGUUUUUCAGCUCUUGGAAAUCUAUUUUUCGAUUGGUAAAUGUGGAUGGGCAGAUGUGAAAGUGCUGAUUUACUCAAUAGGUAUCUGAACAUGAGAAUUUGUAAAAGAUGACCUUUUGACAUAAACCUUAGGUGUGAAUAGGUUUUUGUGGAGAUAAACGAUCAAGGUCUUCAGAAAGUCCCAAAGGAAUCAAGUACUGGUAGGAGUAUUGAUAAUCAUAAUGAAUUUUGCUAUUUCUAAAAGAGAAAUGUUAAAAUCAGAACAAAAUUAACUGUUAAGAAUGGUAAUUCCAAUUAUCUUGGAUAAAAUCUGAACAAAAUUAAGUGUUAAGAAUGGUCAUUCCAAUUACCUUGGAUACAUAAACUACAUAUGAUAACAUACAAGGAUGUGAAUUGUAAUCUUUCCUUCUCUACGUAGGUCAACAAUUAAUGGAAUUAUUUCAUUGAAAAAAAUGUUCCAAAGAUCAUGUGAUCUACUUCUCUGUUAAUUAUAUAUAGUUUAUCAAAAGCAUCAAGCUUGCUAAAAAAAUCAUCACAUAAUUACAAUCUUAUAUGUGCCAUGAAAAUUGAGAUACCAAGUUUGUAUCAUAUUGAAAGUAAGAUGCUUAACAAGUACUGCAUUUAACUUUAGAACUAGCGAACUGUGUUUGACAAUAAUGGUUGUCCAACCGAAUGUGGCCUAAGUACAUGUAUUAAAGAGCCACUUAAUUCUGAAAGGUAUCUGGUCUAUUGGUCUUUCUAAUUUCAAAUACUGCUACAGUCAAAAUCUUUACAUUUCAUUAUUACUUCCGGGACAUUUGACCUUGUGGCAUUAUGACCAAAAUACUUAAUUUUACUUUACAACAUAAUUCAUAAUAAACACUUAAAAUUUAUUUUUUAUUAAAAACACAUCUAGCUAAUAUUGACGAUAAAUGGGUAUCAAAAUUUUAUCGACUUGAAACUUUGCCAUUUUUCACUUUUUUAUGAAAAUCUUGAGAAUGUGAAAGUAAAUUUUUGUGUAAAAUCAUCUGUAUUUGUCUUGCAUUUAAAUGACUUGUUUACUUAUAUACACAAUCAUUUUGACAGACAAUAUAUGUGCAUCUUAAUCUCAGGUGAUAUAAUACACAGGAUUUUAAUAACUUUCAGCUUUAUUUUGCAAUAAAAUGCAAUACAAAUUGUUUGUUUUUUCAUAUAUUAAAAUUUACCUUGUUUUCAGAUUUCGAUCAGUAUAUCCAGAACAUGAUUGUUUUUUCAUCAUAUUUUAAGUUAAUACAUGAAUUGCUAACAAUUAUUGUAUUUCCACACAAUAAAAGAAAAUCUUACAAGCUCACUGAAUAUGUGAAAAUUUACUACAGUAAAUAAAUUAGCUGAUCAAAUGUGAAAAUAAGAAUAGAAACGCAAAGCUCUUUUUGAAAAAAAAAUUCUGUUGAAAUGUGUGAUUAUUUCAUGCUGACCUUUUGAUGUGAUGUAAACACCUUUCUACUGACUAGGCAAAUUUAAUUUCACUUUGCUCAUGAUUUUGCAAUAAGAUAUGUCAUGUUUACCAACCUUGUGGUGCUCGAUAAAUAAUUAUACUGGUAGCAAUGUAUGAAUUAUUAUUUUAUUAAUAUCUAGUUAUUUUUUAUACUUCCAAGUUCCAGUAUUUAUCUCUUGCUUGAAUAUAUUUUUAAAAUAUUUAUAUUAAUAGUUAUGUUAAGUUAAUGUCAAACCAAUGAUGGAUUUUUGAAUAUAAUUGAUGUUUUAAAAAUUGUACAUAAACAUCUAUAUGUUUAAGAAUUCGUAGAUAGACUCAAAUUUAUAUGAAUGAUAGUUUCAUAUUACUUAAUUAGACUUAAUUUCAAAAGGCACUUCUAGUCAAUAGCAAAAAAGCAACAUGACACUUGAAGGCAGUGGGUGGGGAAAGUUACAGAUUUGUAUGAUCUAUCUUCUUGAUUUUUUUUUGCGGUCAUGUUAACAUAUGACAAACAGUUGUUGUAUUGGUGAUCAAAUGAUCCAAGUAUUGAUUUGUUAAAUGUCUUUAUAUGAGCAUUACAUGGAUUUGAUAAAAAGUUAUUUUGUUUUUUGGUUUCUCUGUCCUUAAGUAUUGAUGUCUUGCACUUAACAAAAAUAAAUAUUCCAUCAAAUUGA